AUGGAUUUUCUGAAGUCCGCCGUCGCAUCCGCUAUUUCAAAAGGUCCGGCUUUUGGUUACAAUUUCGGUGACCGUGUGGAUGUGGAACAGUCAAUAUGGACUCUGCACAAUGGCACUAAACGCGAAGACGGUUCUAAAUGUAGCAUUUUUUCCUUCGACGUGACCGCGAACAAAUCCCGAUUACCCCUAGCUCGCAAUGCUUUGCGAAAACUACGAACUAUACGCCAUCCCGGUGUGAUCAAGGUCCUGGAUACAGUCGAGACAGAAUCGUACAUAUACAUCGCGACAGAGCGUUUGGUACCCCUUGGCUGGCAUAUCAAAAGAAAGAGCUUAGCAGAGGAAACGAUCAAGUGGGGGCUCCAUAAUGUUGCUAAAACAAUCAAAUUCAUCAACAAUGAGGCGACGUCAAUACACGGCUGCCUGAGAUCGUCAUCCGUCUUCACAAGUGAGAGCGGAGAAUGGAAGCUGGGUGGGUUUGACGUUUUAAGCUCUUUGAAAGAGGAUGAAGCUAUAAUAUAUACACAUGGAGGCUUGGUACCAGACUCGGCUCGGUAUGCGCCACCAGAGGUGGCGAAGUCAGGUUGGGACUCUCUUAAGCGCUACCCUGUUCAUUGUGUAGAUGCGUAUAAUUACGGCAGUCUGGUUCACGAAGCAUUCAAUGGCUCUUCUAUGGGAUCCGACCAGCUGAGUCUGACAAAGGGCAUACCUCGAGCCAUGCAUCAAAGUUACAAGCGCUUGAUUGCACAGGAUCCCAAGAUUCGCCUUAGCACGGGACAGUUUCUGGACCAAGGACUACGUCAUGGCGGUUUCUUCCAGACACCACUUAUACAGAUUACCGAAGACAUUGACGGCUUAGGACUCAAAGCAGACGCGGAGAGGGAAGAAUUUCUAAGUCAGCUAGAUGAAGUCUCAGACGACUUCCCUGAAGAGUUCUUCAAAAUGAAAGUUCUACCGGAACUACUCAAAUCUGUAGAGUACGGAGGCGGUGGUCCUAAAGUUUUCGGGGUAGUUAUGAAGAUCAGUACCAAGUUAACAGACGAAGAAUACGAUGGCCAGAUUACGCCAGUAAUAGUCAGGCUAUUCACACUGCCAGACAGGGCUAUUCGAGUCUGUUUACUUGACAAUCUGCCCCUGAUGAUUGAUCAUCUCAGCAAUAAAAUAGUGAACGACAAGAUUUUUCCCCAGCUAGUCACAGGAUUCACAGAUAUUGCACCAGUGGUGCGAGAGCAGACUGUCAAAGCUAUCUUGACAGUUGUGCAGAAGCUCUCGGAUCGCACCAUCAAUGGAGAGUUACUCAGAUAUCUCGCUAAGACUGCCAACGAUGAACAGCCCGGCAUCCGCACCAACACAACAAUCUGCUUGGGAAAGAUUGCACGUAACCUUGGGUCUAGCUCGCGCUCCAAAGUCCUAUCUGCAGCUUUUGCACGCUCCCUACGAGAUCCAUUCGUGCACGCAAGGAAUGCAGGUCUGUUAGCGCUUGCAGCAACCGCCGACCUCUUUUCUGAAGAUGAUUGCGCAAGCAAAAUGCUUCCCGCUAUUUGUCCAUCUCUCGUCGAUAAAGAGAAACUUGUACGUGAUCAAGCAAACAAGACGAUGGACAUAUAUCUCCAACGUAUCCGUAAGUACGCCCAGUCAUUGCCAGACACUGUUGCUGUACCUCAGAACUCCACCGCAGCAACUGCUGGGGCGCCCAGGAUCGGAACUCCGCAAGGUGAUAGUAGUUCAUGGGCGGGGUGGGCCAUCUCUUCCUUUACAAAUAAAAUUGCUGGUGCAAGUGGUGAAAUGCAUACGGGCACGAACGGUAGUACUGCAGCACCUUCAUCACUAUCACAGCCCUCCUCCCGGCCAUCUUCAGUUCCACCAAAAUCUCCAAAUGUGCCGCACAAGCCCUCUGGGCUCUCGAAGGCGAGCAAAGCAAAUCCGUUCUCAUCUGCUAAAUCUGGCCCCCUGACAUCUAGUGUCAAUGCUGAUGUCGAAGCGGAAGACUUUGGCGAUGCCUGGGGUGAUAUGGAUGAUGACGAUUCGAAUGCCAAUGCUUUCAAUCAUCCUGACAGUACUAGCAAACCUUCCUCUGAGACUGACGACACUGCACAUGCUUUUGAGGAUCCAUGGGGCACACCUACGGUCACUACUGGGGUCAGGACAACUAAAACAGCGACAUAUGACGAUGGGGGCGAGCCUGACUUCGCUGGUUGGCUAGCAGCUCAAGCAGAAACCAAGAAGCCUGUAUCGAAGCCACUUCCGAAAGGUCUUGCAAAAGCCUCAGCAAGCGCAAUCCGACCAAGCGUCGGCUUGAAGAGUAAUUCUACUGGCAAUGUGACAGCGAAGAAAACGCAUGUAUCAGGAGUGACGAAAGCAGUCGCGCCCGCACCGAAAAAGAAUUCGCAACCUGCUGCUGAAGAAGAAGAAGAAGAAGCCUGGGGAGAAGCCUGGGAGUGAAGGUAAUCUAUACGCUUGAAGUUCGAUAUUGAACACUCGAUCCGCGAUGAG